GGGGUCACGUAGGAUGUCGGAUGACAAAGGCAAGGCCGAAUGCGCCGGGGAAGAGGUGAUGAGGUCUGGUCCACUAGCUUCUGCCGAGCUUCAAGCUCGGAAACUUUCUUCCUCAAGUCUGUGGCUGGCGCUCCUCCACGAAUUUGUUCUCAAGGAUAAGCUUGUUACUCUUGAAGAGUACCUACUCAAACUGACAGAUGAACUCCAGCAGGAAGCACAGUCUGUGCCAAAUAUGACUCAUCCAAAUGCUCCUGUUGGUGGGGAAGACUGUUCUUCUGUGAGAAAGCAGUUUGGCAAAUCCAGAGAGUUUAGCUUCUUGAUAAGGGAUCAUGUCCAGCUUGGAAAGGACUUAGAUCUGUUCGAUUUUGAUGCUGCUGCUGAGAUAAGCGGGUCGAAAUUCUAUUACCUGAAGAAUGAAGCAGUGAUGUUAGAGCUGGCACUUGUAAACUGGGCUGUGGCGGAGGUAAUGAAAAGGGGCUUUGUACCGCUUACCACGCCAGAAAUCGUGCGAUCUUCCGUGGUGGAAAAAUGUGGUUUUCAACCACGUGGAACUAACACUCAGGUAUAUUCAAUUGAUGGUAGUGAUCAAUGCCUCAUUGGUACAGCCGAGAUUCCAGUUGGGGGAAUACAUAUGGACUCCAUUAUUGCUGAUUCAUCAUUGCCCUUAAAGUAUGUAGCCUUUUCCCAUUGCUUCAGAACAGAAGCUGGUGCAGCUGGCGCUGCAACUAGGGGCCUUUAUCGAGUUCACCAAUUUAGCAAGGUGGAGAUGUUCAUCUUAUGUAGACCAGAGGAAAGUGAUUCCUUCCAUGAAGAGCUUAUUCAAAUCGAAGAAGACCUGUUCUCGUCGUUGGGGCUUCAUUUUAAAACCAUGGACAUGGCAACAGAGGAUUUAGGUGCACCAGCUUAUCGUAAAUUUGACGUUGAGGCAUGGAUGCCUGGUUUGGGAAGAUAUGGUGAGAUCUCGAGUGCCUCUAAUUGUACCGACUACCAAAGCCGACGGCUAGGAAUUCGAUACCGUCCCGAAUCAUCAAAUUCAAAUGCUCCUAAAAAGGGUAAAGGCAGUUCUGCCCCUACGCAGUUUAUCCACACACUAAAUGCAACAGCAUGUGCAAUUCCAAGAAUGAUCAUAUGCUUGCUUGAGAAUUACCAGCAAGAGAAUGGUUCCGUUGUUAUACCAGAGCCAUUGAGGCCAUUCAUGGGUGGCAUUGGGAUUAUUGCUCCUAAAUAUAAGUAGGUGCUCUAGAAUUUUUGGUUGGUGACUCGGUGUAAUCUUUGAUUUUCAUUAUAGUUCAAUUUUUUGUGACAUGUGACUUCGAGUUGAGGUUAUCUUUGGGAUACAAUUGGCUGCUCGUGGCCGUACAUAAGACCCACCCAGUCUCAUGCGAUACAUUUUAGUUAAAUAGUAAGGCUGUUGUUAGAUAGAUCAAUAGGUAGGCAUACUUUCAUACAAAAGCGAUACUUAAAAUAACAAUAUAAAUAAAAAUGUCAUUUUUAAGUGUGCACUAACGAAUCUAAUGAGUAAAUGGUGGAAUCGAACAAGUCUACAUUUUUUCAUAAGGGA